CGUAAUUUUCUCUAACAUAAGAUGUGUAACCACCUGAAGAGCAAGUCUAGUACAGUCCAGGUGCAAUAGUGGAGGGAGUGACUGUGGGAGUGUCCUCUUAUUAAAGCAGACACCCAUCCUUGCCCGUCAUCACUCGUGCUUAAGAUGCUCAGGCCCUGUAAUGUGUCUGUUAGUUUAGCAGAAGACAGCUCACUUUAACAGUUCAUCUGUUUAGCAGCUCCCAUACCUUAAAAAAAAAGAAACAAAUUACAAAAGAUCAAAACUAACCAAAAACAUGGGCUGCGUUCAAAGCUUCAGGGAGUUGUGUGACGGUCCAAAAAAUACUAAUGUUCGUCUCAGUCUUCCAGCAGUUUGCGUUGUGUGGCAAACAGCUAUGAUCAUCUUGUUUGGGAUUUUUAUUCGUUAUGAUGAAGAAUCUGACCCACACUGGAUAGAGCACAGAAAAGCUGCAAAUAUAUCAAGUGACAUUGAGAACGACUUCUACUUCAGAUAUCCAAGUUUCCAGGAUGUCCAUGUGAUGAUCUUCGUUGGAUUUGGUUUCCUGAUGACAUUUCUCAAGCGGUACAGCUUUGGUGCAGUGGGUUUCAACUUCCUCAUCGCAGCCUUUGGCCUCCAAUGGGCGCUGCUAAUGCAAGGCUGGUUCCACUCCCUGGACUACACUGAUGGAAAGAUCAAAAUUGGAAUUGAAAACCUGAUCAAUGCUGACUUCUGUGUGGCGGGCUGCUUAAUUGCCUACGGGGCAGUGCUUGGUAAAGUCAGUCCAGUCCAGCUGUUGGUUCUAACUCUGUUUGGGAUCACAUUGUUUGCUGUGGAGGAAUAUAUUAUCCUGAAUCUCAUUCAUGCCAGAGAUGCUGGAGGCUCCAUGGUGAUCCACACAUUUGGAGGUUAUUAUGGUCUUUCCAUCUCGUGGAUGCUCUAUCGGCCAAACCUGAAACAGAGCAGUCGUCUGCAGGGCUCUGUCUACCAUUCAGAUGUCUUUGCUAUGAUUGGCACCCUCUUCCUGUGGAUGUUCUGGCCCAGCUUCAACUCAGCCAUCACAGACCACGGGGACGGGCAGCACAGAGCAGUCAUCAACACCUACCUGGCUUUGGCCUCAACUGUGCUCACUAGUGUGGCCAUCUCAAGCCUCUCCCAGAAGCAUGGAAAACUAGACAUGGUUCACAUCCAGAACUCCACUCUUGCUGGAGGCGUUGCAGUGGGAACUGCAGCAGAGUUCAUGCUGAUGCCCUACGGGUCUCUGAUCGUAGGGUUCUGCUGUGGUGUCAUCUCCACACUGGGAUACCUAUAUCUCACGCCGUUCAUGGAGAAGUACCUCAAGAUCCAAGACACAUGUGGAAUCCAUAACCUGCAUGCCAUGCCAGGAGUCAUAGGUGGCAUUGUGGGAGCCAUUACUGCUGCAUGUGCAACAGAGUCAGUUUAUGGCCAUGAAGGGCUGAUUAACACCUUUGACUUUGAGGGUCAAUUCAAAGACAUGAUACCCACACGGCAGGGUGGUCACCAGGCUGCAGGCCUCUGUGUGGCUAUCUGCUUUGGUGUAGGCGGAGGCAUCCUAGUCGGUUGUAUCUUAAGAUUACCUAUCUGGGGAGAUCCUGCAGAUGACAGUUGUUUUGAUGAUGAGCUAUACUGGGAGCUUCCUGAGGAUGAAGAGAUUGUCCCACCAGUCAUUCAGUACAACAACCACAUGCGGAACAAAGAUGUAGCGGAAUCAAAUUUCACCAUGGAGCAGAACUGACGCUAGGCCUUUAUCACACAUGACCCGUUUGUUCCUUUUUUUUUAUUCUCCUGCUGGACAGAAAUGUUCAUAUGAUACGAUUAUUCCCCACCAAUCAAAACCCUGUUAUUUUUCAUACAGGUAAUAUGUCUGUUAACAGGUUCUUUAGCCUAGAAUUGAGUCUUAAAAUCUUUUUUGAUUGAAGUGAAAAAAUCUGCUAGUGGAAUAAGAUCUUUUCUUCUUCCCAUGAUAUUUAUUUUCAGUUUAAAUCAAUUAACAUUCAUUCAAAUAUUCUAUUAAAUGAGUGACAGUAUCAUGGUACUAGUGGAGUGAAUUGCCUCAUUUCAACAUAGAGGACUAAAACUAACUUAAACAUGACCGUGAGAACAUAACCAUGGUUCCUGUAGGUGGUUGUGAGAGAAAUAUUUAAAACCAUGUUUUGUAUUACAUUUUCUUCAGACCCACUUGAGCUGCACAAUAAGGAUUUUCCACAGGAGCUUUCACAUCUUAGUUUUUCCUGAUUUAAAUGUUUUCUGUCCAUGUGACGUAACAGACUGCAGGUAAAAUCUGAAGAGAAUACACAGACCUUUAGGCAAGUUUAUGCUGUCAGCCUCACUUGUUAUGUUUAUUUGCAUCUUCUCCUUUAUUAGAUGCAUUAUAAACAGAACUUAAAUGAUUUUUGUGUGUCUUCAUGGAGAACUUUUACACGUAAUGAGUUAUGUAUCAUGUCACUGAUUAUGGAUUUUAAAAAUAAGAGCUGUGAUAUUUGCAUUUAUAAGCACUACAUAAACACUUAAUAAAUGGUUUACAAGACACUAUAGUGUAGUUGUAAGAACAAAAAAGUAAUAUUUUAAGUAUUUAUUAAUGUACAGUAUUUGUCAACAAUUACAACUUAUCUCCUAUAUUAUUACAACAGUUUUACUAUAUUGUCAUUUAUCAUCUGUUUAGCUCCUCCUGUGGGCAUCCGUAAGUAGAGGCUAGUGUAUAUAGUUGCUGAGAAAAACAUUCAUAAACCCUGAUAUAUGCUCACAACUACAUUAUAGUGUAAUACAAACCAUUUUAGGGUUUAUGUACUGCUUAUAAGUGCUAAAUAGAUACAUUUAGACAAUGUACACAGUAGAAUAUUUAUGAAAAGUUUGUCAAUGGUAAUGUAAUUUUGAAAAUGAAUAAAGAAUUGUUAAUUAAAUAUCAUGUAAGUGCAUGAUAUACAGUA